CCCAGCUUCCAUACACCGUCUCCUCACGCCUGGUCUCAGCCAUCAGGGAGUUUUCAGGAUGCUUUGGCAGAUGAAAUCGUCUGACAUCGACCAGGAAUUAUUCACUGAAAGUUACUGCAAAGUGUGCAGCGCUCAGCUAAUAUCCGAGUCCCAGCGCGUGGCCCAUUAUGAGAGUCGGAAACAUGCCAGCAAAGUUCGCCUCUAUUAUAUGCUUCAUCCCAUAGAUGGAGGCUGUCCAGCUAAAAAGCUCCGGUCAGAAAACGGCAGUGAUGGUGACUCAGUGGAUAAGAACAAAUGCUGCACACUAUGUAACAUGUCCUUUACCUCAGCAGUGGUGGCUGAAUCGCAUUACCAAGGGAAAAUCCAUGCCAAAAGGUUAAAACUGUUGCUAGGUGAACAACCAGCAUUAAAGGCCACAGAAACCACUCUGAGUUCCCUAAAGCAGCCGCACACGGGUAGUCCCGCAGCGGUACCGGCGCCGCAUCAGCGGAGAGACUCAGACCGGUACUGCCAGCUCUGCGCAGCCUGGUUCAACAACCCCAUGAUGGCUCAGCAGCACUACGAUGGCAAAAAGCACAAGAAGAACGCGGCCAGGGCCGACCUCCUGGAGCAGCUGGGGAAGACGCUGGACCUGGGAGAGCUGAGAGGCCUGAAGCGCAGCUACACGUGCAACAUCUGCAACGUCACCCUGAACUCGAUAGAGCAGUACCACGCGCACCUGAAGGGCUCCAAACAUCAGACCAACCUGAAGAACCAGUAGUAGUUCGUCAGUCGAGACAAGGAAAACCACCGAGGCUUCUUCUGCGGAGAGGAACUGGUCAGCAAGCAGAGGAUGCUUUCUUGGACAAUGAUCCUGUGUGGAUUCAAUAAUUAACAUGUAACUAACCUUCACUUUGGACAAAUACAUGGAUUUUUUUUUUUUUUUUAUUUUGUGGUGAGUUAAAAUAUUUCAAUGGAUUUUUUUACCCUUUCAAGAUAAUAUUUAUUCAGCACAGAGUCUAGAGUAUGAUAACUAUCCUGUAAAUACAGCACUUAAUCAUCACUCAUCUUCAGAGACAGUGGAAACAAAAUAUUUUACUUUUUCAUAUUUAUUCUUAGAUUUCUCCCAAGAGUAUAAAAUUAUUCUAUUACAUUAUCCAUGAUAGUGAUGUAAUCAGUCUUCAAUCAGAAAUAAACAUACU